AUGCCAAUUAAUGAGAGUUCGGCACAGGCUAAAAGGUUACAACAAGUACAAAUAGAGGCAAGAGAAAAUAUCAAACUAGCCCAGAAGAAGCAGAAAGAAAGAUACGAUGAACAAGUAAAGGAUACACAGUUCCAUAUCGGGGAUAAGCUUGAAGAACAGACCCCUCUAAGGUUCUUACCACCUUACGAUACAAACGAUCUUUGGGAGACAGCUCUAAGUAAAGUAGUUUAUAAAUGUCAAGAAGCCAUGAAAGACAAACAUCGCAUUCGGUUAUUAGCAAAUUCGUACUACCUAGGAGCCAAACGAGUUCUGGAAAUAUUCAGAAGAAACCCAGAACAAAUAUACCGAACUCGAAAAAUAUUCCUACACUUUUUGGACGGUCUCACCGAUGAAGACUACAAUAAUAAGUUCUUACCAUAUACCCAGACCAGUCUAGACUUCGUUACCUUGGAUAUGAGAAACUCAUUUAACACUUUGGAUGACCUCGCUUCUUAA